AAAUGUUAGCGGGAAGGUGGGGAUAAUAAGAGACAGUAUCUGUCAGAAUGGGGCCGAGUGGGGAGGAUAGACAGGUGUAUGAACAUCAUUUCUAUAUUCCCCCUUCCACUUUACAUCACGGACUAACAAAAUGUAUACAAGACAAACGAAACAGAAGCCUGUGUGUACUGUGCAUAUAUAUUUUCUUAAGUUGUAUAACUUCAUAAAAAAGAAAGAGUUGUGGAACUUGUUUUAUUAAAUUGUUAUUAUCAAGGCGAAGAAGUGUUUUAAAUUUUAUUUAGCAGUGAUGUAUGGUUACUGAGAUACUAACUACUUACACGAUGUGUUGAAUAAUUGGUUAAGUACAAACUAAGCACAUUUUUCAUCGAAGUAUAAAAAAGAGUUAUUGAUCCUGAGUUAUUCAGUUGGUAUUAUUAUUGGGAAGUUUCAUUCGGUUUUAAUGUGUAAUAAUUGAGAUACUAGUAUGAGCUUACAAGGUGUCUAAAUACGACGCAUUGCAAUAUGUUUUUUGCCACGACAAGGUAAAAAUAUUGUAAAGGCCUCCAAUGGAAGCUGUAGAAUUUUCUUUGGAAGUUUGCUGAUUGCGAGAGCAAUUUAAGUUUAAUGACCAACAUCGUAUGUUCAAGCAAAAAUUCAGGUGUAAAUUUCCAUCUCAAAUCAGUAUUGUCAAAACUCAGAUCUGUCAACAUCACGAGUAAUGUGUUGUUUUGGUUCCUAAAACCUUAUGAGAAUCUGACGACAAACUGAGUCAAAUUUGCAAAUUUUUGAAAUAUUACGACCGAAAGCACUAAAUCGUACACUUGCGAUGGAUUGGAAACGUCUCAAAAUAUUAAGUUUGUUCUACUACCGUUUGAAAUUGGACAAAAUUUGUUUCACUUUGUAAAAUUCGAUUACAUUAAUAUUUUGCAAAAGUUGACAGACUGAAGUAACAUUUGGUCAAUAGGAGCUUAUGGGAAAUCGCAAUUUUAUUACAUUGUCGCUUAUGAGAUAAAAAAAAUCAAUGAAAACUCCUACACUUUUGGAUUUACAUAUAUCCUAAAACAGGAAUCAGAUAACAUGUUUAGGUGUAAUUAGAUUCAGUCAAUGCCAUGGCGAUAUUAUAUUUGAUAUAACAUAAUUUCUUUUAAUAUAAUGGAUCAUUAGAAUUCAUUAAAGUUACCAGGUUCCUCAAUUACCUCAAUGGCUACUUGUUGCAAAAUUUAAGUUACAGUUACAUGUGUUAUUCUAGAUUGUCCGGUUAUGCACCGUUUACCCAUGACCUCCGCUUUUUCAGACGCGCAUAGUAAAAAAAAAUUCGGUUUCAUUCGGUUUUUACACUGUCAAAGAAAUUACGAUAAAAAGCAAGAUAUAAGAUAUUUUAAAUGUCUCUGUUGCCAUGGUUACUUUAAACGUUAAGCUAAAUAGGGUACCAUGUAAAGUGUUGAGUAUUCCGCUACUAAUAUUACCAUAAUAUUCCAUGUUGAUCAUUAACAGAAUGGCACUGAAGCAUUCGAAAAUCCGUUAUGAUACAUAGUUGUUUAAAAAUGAGAGAAAAUGCGUUACCAUGGAAACAGAGCCCCGCAACAUAUACAUUUUAAACUGAUUUUAGAAAGCUAACGCGCACACUAAUAAAAUUAUCAACUACGCAAACGGAUAACAGUGAAAUCGAAAUACACUGAAAAGUGUUAUAUAUCCGUAUUUUCUUUCUUCUUUCAAUAUAAAAUACCUGUGGAGAGAUACCUGUGGAGGGUCAUGUACUUCAAACCUGGAUAAAACUUGCACUCAAAGGGACAGAGAUAAACGAGCUUGAGAUUGUACACGAAAUACAAUAAAUUGCUACGGAAUGUAACCUAGAGUAACAAGAUUGACCUUUGUUACUUCAUCUAGAUGAUUGAAGGAACAUUGUGGCAUUAAGUGAUGCAGUGAACAUUACGACUAUGCGAGGUUAAGAUUAGGUUGUCACUUACAAACUGAUGCCUGCUCUGAACUAAAGCUGACAUAUAGAAUCGUCAUUGCAUGCUGCGAUAUACAAGAAAAACGAAUAUGCCUUUGCAAAACAUUAUACGUUGUUAUAGAAAAGAAACGAUAAUAAAACGACUGUUAUGGUUAUGCACAUGCUUAACAUUCACAGCAUUUAUGUUGUAUUGUAUGUUUGCUCUGCCAGUUCGUCACAUGACAGGCAAUAUUUCUCAAAGCAAUCAGGUCCGAAUCAUUGCAAAUAGAAACCAAAGUAGCAAUACAAACUCACUAUAUGAAAAUCCUUCAAAUUACCUACAAUCCGACAGAUUUGAUUUGAUAAUCAAAAUGGUAUAUGCAUAUUUCUAUGCUCAUAAAAAUCAAGUUCCACAAGUAGUGCAAGUCGCUUAUGCCGAACAUUUACGAGUAUGGAAUAAUUUCAAAGAAUACUGCAACAAAAUAGAUAAAUCCUGGUUCGAUAGAAAAUUAUCAUGCAGAAAUAAAAAUACAAAAUCUGACUUCAUUUUAUCAUUCCAUAAGACCAUAGAAAGCACCAAGAAUUUAGGAUUCAAUUCUAGCAUGUCAAGGAUUCCAAUAGAUAGAAGCGGAUUUCUUCUAAAUGGUGCACACAGACUAGCAGCUGCAGUAAUUUUGUCGAAGGAUGCAAGCUUUGAACACCACAAAUAUACGCAGCGUUUUCACUGGGGAUAUGAGUUCUUCAAAAGUCAAGGGAUGUUGGAGAUGGAGUUAAAUGUGGUUAUGUUAGAAUGGAUGAAAAUUCAAUUGAAGCUGCCGUUCUUGAACAAAACAGUAUCCAUUAUUUCCGUAUUUUCAAACAAUCGCGGCAAAGAUAAAGCUAUGCGCAACAUUGUUAAAGAACAAUGCUCAAAAGAUAAUGACAUUUUAUAUGAAAGAGAAAUCAAUUUUACUAAAAGCGGAAUACGGCAACUGAUAUCUCAUAUGUAUGGGCAACAAACGUGGCUGGAAACAAAAGUUCAACAGAUGCUAUUAAAUUAUAAUUCAACAUACAAAGCAUUAUUUCUUUUUGUCUAUGCAAAGGAUGCAAGAGAUCUAGUUCAGUGUAAACAUGCAAUAAGAAAGCUUUACAAUGAUAAAGUUUUUAAAUCCACCGCUCACAUUCCCGAUAACGCAGAAGAGAAUUUAAUAUUAGCAGAAAUGAUAUUAAAUCCGAAUUCUAUACAAUUCAUGAAUCACGCUAAGAAUGCGUCUGAGUGUAAAUCAAUUGCAAAAGAAGUUGCCAGUCGUUCAUCUAUAGCACCAAUUAGUACACUACCAGGUAUAUACGUUGUUAGAGAUGAUGUCAUGAUUGACUCGGGAACAGUGCUUGGUUUGUUUGGUCUGCGCAAAAGAACAGAUGUUGACCUUUUAUUUUUACAUGUUAUUGAUAAGUCUUUACUUGGAAGUCGCCAUGGAAUUUCUGUACAAGCUCAUGCUUUUAAGAACAAUUCCGUCUCGCAAGAACGUGCAUGGGGUGAGGACCAUUUCAGUGACAGUGGCCCAAAGGAUGAAUGGGAUUUAUUUUAUGAUCCUAAUAAUUUCGGGUACUGUUAUGGUAUUAAAUUUGUAUCAUUGAAACAGCUGGUUAGAUACAAAAUGAAGCGAAAUGAGCCGAAAAAGGACAGAUUCGAUAUAGAGCUUAUAAAUAAGUUCUUUGAUAACAAUUAAAUGAAUAUCUUAACUUGAUUUACAACAGAUGUAUAUUACACUUCAACAUCGUCAAUAUCUGGUAUGAUAAUGUAAGGAGUGAACAUAACAGAACAGAACAGAUCAAACAGAACAGAAUUGCAUUUCAACACUUAUGACCAGAACACAUUAAUUCAUAGUGGUAAUAUAAUGACAGAACAGAUGCUAUAUUUUGCAUAUAUCAACAUUUCUAUUUCAUAUUAAUUUCUAUAUUUAAUCAGGUUUGAUUAAUUGCAUGGUAAGGUAUCUCAAAAGCAAAUAAGUUAUUUCUUAAAGACAGCAUUUGGAAUGUUUCGGUGCGUAAAUAUUUCAACGGGAAUCGUGAUAUACCAUGUUAAAAUGUAUAUUCAGUAUUCUAUAUUGUAUCUGUUUCAUUUUCAAUGUCACAUCGACCUACUUGUAGCAAUCAAGAUAUGUAUGUAACAGAAUUGAACAAAUAUAUAACAGAAAGGUGUUUAAAUCAAAUUAAACAUUCCGAAUCAGUUAUACGACAUGCAAAAUAAAUCACUCUGGUUACGCCUUCGUGAAAUUAUUCCGAAAUGCAUACAACUUCUUCGGUUUGUUACACUCUUAUGCUUUAUCACUUACUAAACACAAAAAGGUUUUCGCGUGGUUUAUCGUCUGAUUUACUGCAGUUCAAAUGGGCAGGAAGUUAAUCAUAGGGACUUCGGCACCAGUAGUUAAAUAUCCAAACAUUUGACCAAUUAACUGUUGAAUAUCAGAUAAUAAAACAGGAGAAGAUCUUAGUUAUUCUCAUUUUAAUAUGCCCAUAGGAAUAUUAUGACUAAAAUUAUGCUGAAAUAUAUUCAUCUAAGCAGCAGUGAAUCGGACGUCAGGUGGCAGUUUUACGUGAGUGACGUCAUAAUUGUCAUUCACCGGUCCGCGCUCCUAAACCGUGUAUAUCUGAAAAUUUCAUUAUGCAACGUUUGAAAGUCUUCUUUGAUGAACUGACAAAAAUCGAGCGAUGUUAUAAUUUCAUAAUAUAAUAAUUCUAAUUCUGCAAUAUAAUAAAUCAUUUAACGUUUUUGAUAGAGAAUGUUUAAACAACGACUGUGGUUAGUUGUUAUAACUUAAUAUAUGCCUAACAAGAAUUUUCAUUGUAUUUGUUUACUCUGUCAGAUGAUUAUAUUUAUCAACAAAUAAUGACCAGAAAGAAAUUUUUCAAACUGAAUGUAUUUUGAUUAAAAUCAACUUCUUAUGUCUAAAAAUGCCUAACAAUAAGCUGGGUUUAUAUCAAAGCGAUUGUCUAAUCAUUCAUAAUACUUAACAUUUUAAAAUCGGAUCACUUUUUAGAAUGAUAUUUUAAAAUUCAUGAAUAUUGCUAAAUAUGGCAGCCACUUUAGUUUGUUUAUGACGUCAUUUAUACUCCGUCGUAUUAUUUAUUUAGUAAGUACCUUUGAAAUAGGUAAAUUUCUAUAGAUUCUUGACUUUAAGGUAUUGGACCCCUAAUAGUAAUGUUUAAAAAAUGGCAUUUGCUUGGUAUAUUCUUAAAGUUGGUCAUGUUUCUCACUGUGUUGAAAUCUUUAAACAACUUUUACCGUGCAGUUUAUAUAUAUAUAUAUAUAAAUUUUGUAUAAUUUAUUGUAUUUCCUUAAACUCAAAUAGAGACAAAUUUCAAACUGAAAAAAUGGCGGAAUAGGUCGAGUAAAAGAAAACACUGAGCAAAAAUAUUGGAAAUUAAUAUUAAAUUGAAUCUACAUCUGAAACAGAUUUAAUGAGACAGAAUUCUAACUCCAACAGUGAAAAAUUAAGGUCGAAUCCUGCGGGACUGUUUUAAAGUUUGCUUACUUCAUUAAAAAAUAACAUAGGGGCAGAAGUAAAACCUACCAGUAUUUCUUCCACAAUAAGUAAACUAAAGAGUAAAGGCAAAAAAGAGAACUUUUACCUUUCAGUAUUUUAAAGAUGUCUAACUCUGCCCCCUUCUGUUUCAGAUGUAGAUUCACUUUGAACAACAAGAAAUCGCUUAUCAAAUGAAAAUUUUCCACUUUUGUACGAUAAAAUUAAUAAUAAGUCUUAAAAAAGUAAAAACUUACUAGAAAAAAGGAAAAGAAGAGAAAAUGUUGGUCCCAGUGGGGCUUGAAUCUACCCUCCCCACCCCACCUACUGAAAAAUUUCAGUCAAAGUAGGUUUAUGGUAGGAAUUGAAUACUCUUCAAAAGGAGGUACUCUAUUAUGGGUCUAAUAUCUUAAGAUGUUAAACAUGAUAAUUUCUUUCGUUCUAGAAUAAACUAAAGAAAUACAGUUACAGCAAAUAUGUAAAAGUAAAUUAAACCCGCCUAUUCAAAGAAUAGGCAGAGCUAUUGGACUCGCUCGUACGUCGGCGUCGGCGUCCGCAUCCCGAUUUGGUUAAGUUUUUGUAUGUAAGCUGGUAUCUCAGUAACCACUUGUUGAAAUGGAUUGAAACUUCACACAUUUAUUCACUGUGAUAAUCUGACUUACACUGCACAGAUACCGUAACUCUAUUUUGCUUUUUUUUACAAAAUUAUGCCCCUUUUCCGACUAAGAAAUUUUUUAUUAAGUUUUUGUAUGUAAGCUGGUAUCUCAGUACCCACCAAUGGAAAUGGAUUGAACUUCACACACUUGUUCACUGCCAUAAUGUGACAUGCAGUGCAAAGGUUCAAUUACUCUACUUUGCAGUUUUUUUUUAAUUAUGGCCCUUUUUCAACUUAGCAGUUUUUGGUUAGGUUUUUGUAUGUAAGCUGGUAUCUCAGUACCAAAACUUCACACCGUCAUGAGAUGAUAAGCACUGCGCAGGUUCCAUAACCCUGUUUUGCAUUUUUACAAAAUUAAGCCCUUUUUUUUUACUUUUGUAUUCAUUCAUUGAUAAGGCUGUUAAAUAGUUGAGCGUCGCUGUCCUCCGACAGCUCUUGUUUAAUGUUUCCAUGGAUACGAAUGACUAUCAUUUUAAUAAAUCAUUGAAAUGAUGUUUCUUAUUUCUUAGCCGAUUUCGAAAAUUCUUUUACUGUCUCUAAUAUUCUAAGAGGGUCUUUCAGAUGAAAUUAACACUGAAACAACGCUGCCUUUCCUUUUAAACUUGUCUGAAAAGAACCGAUCUAAUAUUUAAAAAAAAUCAGUAUUCUAUAAAAUAAUUUACAUUCUUAAGAUUUUUAUCUUAUUAUACCCCCACAAUACGAAGUUUGAGUGUGUGGUGGGGGGGGGGGGGGGUAUGUAGUAGUGAGCUUGUUGGUAUGUCGGUCGGUCUUUGUCGGUCAGUCUGUCGGUCCGUUGGUUUUCAUGGUUUCCGAACAAUAACUCAUAAAAGGCUAUUGAUUUAAAUGAAUUUUGGUACACACAUGUAACAUCGGAAAAUACAGGUCAGUUUUGACUUUGAGGUCAGUACGUCAAAGGUCAAGGUCACAGUGACCCUGAAUAGUUAAACGGUUUCCGGAUGAUAACUUGAGAACGCUUGAGCCUAGGAAAUCAAAAAUCUUGGUACACUGGUGUAACAUCAUGAAAUACAGGUCAAUGUCGACUUUGAGAUUAGUAGGUCAAAGGCCAAGGUCACAGUGACCCGGAACAGUUAAACGGUUUCCGGAUGAUAACUUGAGAACGCUUUGGCCUAAGAUCAUGAAAAUUAAUAUGGAGUUCGAUCAUGAAUAGCAAAAGACCUCUAGUGAUUUUGAGGUCCGUAGGAACAUUUAAACAGUUUUCGGAUAAUUACUUCAGAACGCUUGGGCCGAGGAUCAAGAAACUUCAUAGGGAGGUUGAUCAUGACCAGCAGAUGACCCCUAUUGGUUUUGAGGUCAGUAGGUCAAAGGUCAAUCAAGUUCAGCUUUGACAUUGGCUUACUUCUGUGACAAGGACAUAUUGCGAGGGUAUAAUUCGUCACUCCUGUGACAACUCUAGUGUCAUCAGUAGUGGUUUGAUAUAAAUGCAGAAAAAUCAUCAAAUAUACCAAUAACAUUGUUGAUUUUUUUAUCUUCAAUUUUUCAAAUCACCUGUGUUUAAAUGAAUAUAUGAUCGCUCAAAACUAACGUCCUGGUUAUUUCACCAGGCAUGUUAGCGAGUGGUUUACCGAAGAAUAGUUUUGAGUUCUUAUGCGUAAGAAUAUAUCACGAAGGCCGUAGGCCUGAGUGAUAUAUUGUUUCGCAUAAGAACGAAAAACUCACUCGAGUUAUUCUACGAUAAAAUCACACUUGGAAACUUAUUAUUUCGAUUCUUACACGGCAUACUAGUAUCAGCAGUGUUAGAAAAAAUGGUAACUACUUUGUACGACCGUGCUACGCACCAGGAUCGGAUGACGUCAUUGCACACAAGUGGUUUAUUGCAGAAUAACCAGAGAUAAAUUUUUCUUUACAUGUAUCUAGGUUAUUUGCUGAUCGUGUUAGAAUUAAUUUUAUAUGUAUCUUGUGCCAUUUAGUUUAUGACUAUCUUCUACCAUUUAGUUUAUGUCUAUUUUGUACCGAUUAAUUCAUGUCUAUAGUGUACCACUUAGUGUAUGUCUAUCUUGGGUGUAGCUUUUGACCAUCUUGUUUCAUUUAGUUUAUGUCUAUUUUAUACCGUUUAAUUUAUGACUGCUUUGUUCAUUUUCUUUUUAUCUAUCUUGUACCAUUUAGUUUAUGUUUAUCUUGUACUUUAUGUCUACCUCAUGCUGUUCAUUUUUUGUCUGCAUUUUAUCGUAAUUGAUAUAUACAUAACUGCACCUGUUGUGCUUUAACAGACAGUGUUUAUCUCUGUUUUACCGGAUAACAAGGGAUCGACUCAAUGUUUUAGAAAUAGAUACUGCACCACAGAUGUAUUAACUACAUAAAUGCAUAGAAUGAACAUUUACACAAAGAAUCAAAAGAAAACACAACAAAAGGACAUAACUUCAUUUGUUUAACCGUUUGUUUUAUUAGGCAUGAUUAAAACACAUAUACACAAAAAAAAUAUUGACAAAGCUAAGGACGUUCGAUACAAUAUAUCAGAAACAGUUUCAAAACUAAAGAAGAAAUGGAAUAUCUAAUGGAAUGAAACUAAAGGUUUUUUUUCUUGUUUUGAUUUUAUAAGAGACCACAAGUUGAGGAGUUUGAAUAAGUUUGGAUAUUUACAAUCCGAUGAUGCAAGGCAACUCGAGAAUAAUUCGUACUUAGUAUUUAAGAAAUAAUAAGUUCCCAAGUGUGGUUUAUCGUAGAAUCACCCGUGUUUUGAGUUCUUAUACGUAAGAAUAUAUAACGAAUGCCGUAGGCCUGAGUGAUAUAUUAUUUCGCAUAAGAACGAAAAACUAGGGUUAUUCUACGAUAAAUCACACUUGGGAACUUGUUAUUUCGAUUCUAACACCACAUACUAGUAUCAACAGUGUUAGAAAAAAUGGUAACUAGGCCUACUCUUUUAUGACCGUGCUACGCGCCUGGACCGGAUGACGUCAUUGCACGCGAGUGGUUUAUUGCAGAAUAACCCGAGAUAGAUUUUGCUCUACAUGUAUGUAGGUUAUUCGCUGGUCGUGUUAGAAUAUUGUUUAUAACUGAUGACGUUUAAUUUAAUUAUAAAAAAACAUUACA